AUGGGAGACCUCUUCGGCGAGGAGGUCGCGGGGCAGCCUCCGCUCCAACGGGCGCGCGUGGGUGACAUCAUAGACCUCGAUGGAGUGACGCUCGACCCCGCUUUCGGUCUCGGUCGUGAGGCAGCUGCGAUGGUCAAUGCGAUCAAGGCGGCCCUGAAUCCAGUUUGCAGCAGCAUCAGACGAGAUGUCGAGAACGUACGCACCCAGCUGAUGAACAUGAGUCUGAAGGUGGAUCUGAUGACCACCAGAAUGGACUCGCUCUCCCGCGUCGACAAGACCGACAAGAAUGUGCAGGACCUCAUGAGCAGGACAGCCGCCCUGGAGCAGGGCGGAGUUACAUCGAAUAGUUCAGUGAAGGAAGAGAUGUGGGAGGUACCCGAGGUGGUGGGCCUGGUGGCAGUCACCCGGGACAUCUACACACCAGGGCCGUUCGCUUCGUUCGGGAAGAUAAAGUUCAUAUCCUCCCAGAACAUGUGGACCUUCCUGAAGGCCCUCCAAGGCCACAAGUUCCAGUUCCAGGGCAAUAACCUUUUCCAUCAUAUAGACAGCACGGAGGACGAGACACAUGUUAGUAAGAGGACCUCUGCCGCCCGCAACGUCGUCGCGAAACACCUGCAGGAACCGAGCGCCCUCGGCCUAAAUCCUACGAGGAACGACAUUCUACACGCGGUGCCGUGCGACUGGGACGGGGUUAUCGUGCGAUUCCGCUCCAGAGACGGCCAGACCACGAGGCGCUACGAGGCGAGCAGGUCCACGGGGCUCUUCGAGGUUUCUUCCCAGGCCGGCGCCGCCGCUUUGAACCUCCGCUAUGCACAGCACCUGCAG